GUGCACUGCGUAUUACUUGUUAUAUUUUGGUGAGAAAUCACCAACUGUGUUGUCGAUGUUAUCAGUAUCAUUAAAUAUUAUGAUGCAACAGAUACAUACUCAUUGACAAAGGUUUUAUGUGUUGUAUUUGGGUUAUUGCCGCCUACCUUUUCAGCUUUAGUCGAUUUUAAAGUCCUCACUAUGUCACCCUGCGCUGUCAGUUUCUCAUAGAGCUCCAUUGGACUUCUCGCAGCAUCUCCUUGACAGUCUGUCAUUUUCGCACUUAUCACAAAAAUUAAGAGUUAAUGACCUGAACGGCAACUACAAUGCAUGAAAAAUAACCGACCAAUAUUUGUUUAAUAAUAGAAUCAGUGUACUAUUGGAUAAAGGGAAACUCCCAUAUGCGAAUUUGGUUCGCCAUUAUGUAUAACUGUAGAUCCCCGUCCUUAUUAGUUCAUGACGCGUAAAUUAAAUUGUUAGAUUGUUUAAAAAAAAAAAGUAAUAAUAUAAUGGCGAUUUAUAAGAAUAAACCAAUUUGUUAGUGCUCAUACCGUGUCAGCCCAACGCAGCUGCUCGUUUACUCAUUGAACUUGCAUCAGCAUAACAGCAACGUGGUGCUUGGAUUAAAUUCCUCCCCAAAAAUAUGUAUUCGCUCCAAGGUUCCGCCUGGUAAUGAGUAGAUUAAGUUUUUUUGGGACGGGACAUUUUAAUUUUUCAUAGGAUAAAAACUCGUGUUUUGUGUUUUAUAUUUGAUUUUAUAUCAAACGUACACUUCUCAAUUAGUGUUGUAAUAAUAACGGGGCCAUGUUUAAACUGUGGGACCCUUAACCGGAAGUUUUUCCAAAGUAAAAGCAUGCUAUUCCGGCGAAGAUAAUCAUGAAAAUGGACGGAUUUCUUUUUUUAUAUUAUUGUUCGGUACAUCGUCGGCAGUUAAAUGUUUGGACUUGUCUCAAGAGUGACUAUUCACCUUUUCAAUUCUGUGUGUAGGAUAACCGUCUAAACCUAGAUAACAGGCGGGGAGCAACCAUACAAAUGAAGAGAUUUCAGCUAGCUUGUUAGCUUAAUAGUUUCGAGUUCAAUGUUCGUUGCUUCUGUCUAUUUGGAUAUUUAACAUGCUGGGCCACUAAUCGCAAGGAUGUCACCCUUGGAACGUUGUUGAACUCUGUGUCAAGUCAGGAUGGCCGCAUUGGUGUCCUAUGAGGAUUCUGAGGAUGAAUGUCUGGAUCAGAAAGACGGAGCUGGAUCAGAACAAGAAGCGAGGGAAUGUCAUUUAAUGGAGAUGACAUCUAAACCUGACAGCACAUUGUUGGACUGCCACCUAAAUGUCUACGGAAAAGACAGUUCCUGUUCACAAAAGCAAAGAUGUUCUUUUAGUUCUUAUGCCGAUCGUCAAAAGACUACCCUGCUCCCUAACAACCCAGUAAACUUAGUUAAAAAUCCCAAAAGACCCUGCACUGUCUCAUCUGGUGUCCGACCUUACAUUCCCAAAAGACAAAGACUUCUCACUUCAUCAGGAGAGAAAGAAGAGAACUUAAAAGGGGACAUACACAGCAAAGAUGCCCAAAUGCUGUCUACUGUGUUGCCAAAAGUGAAGCCGCAUCUUUCUCAAAUGCCCGCAGCUGCCGGGAUACCCAAAAAGCUUCUGCUGAGCCUUCAAGGCCACCAGGGUCCGGUCAACACACUACAAUGGUGCCCACCCCCACAGAGAAGUCAUCUUCUGCUGUCUGCCUCCAUGGAUAAAACCUUUAAGGUAUGGGAUGGAGCCGAGAGUGGACGUUGCCUGAGGGUUUACACCUGCCACUCAGGAGCUGUCCGAGACGCCUGUUGGAGCCCCUGCGGGCGCCAGAUCCUCUCUGGCUCAUUUGACAACACAGCCGUGGUUACUGACGUGGAGACGGGCCAACGCAUCGUCAAAGCGGAUAACCAGUUCAAGGUUAUGUGUGUGGUCCCGCAUCCCACCAACCCUGAGGUGUUCAUGUGUGGAGGUUACAGUUCAAUGGUCAAUGCCUGGGACUCUCGCUGCUGCAAGAUCGUUAAAGUGUACAAAGCAGGAAUCCAACAGACUUUGGACAUUCUCUUUCUGAGAGGUGGCCUGGACAUCAUCACAAGCUCGGACUGUGUUAGCAGGGACUCAGCAGACCGUACCCUGAUCGCAUGGGACUUUCAUACCACUGCCAAAAUCUCCAACCAGAUCUACCAUGAGCGUUACACAUGCCCCAGCUUAGCUCUCCACCCGCACGAGGACUCCUUUGUAGCCCAGACCAACGGCGACUACGUGGCCGUGUUUUCCUCCCAACGACCCUACAGGAUGAACAAGAAGCGACGUUACGAAGGACAUAAGGUCGAGGGAUAUGCGGUCCAGUGUGAAUUCUCUUUGGAUGGAACUCUUCUAGCGUCCGGCAGCUCUACCGGCUCAGCCCACUUCUACGACUACCACAACGCUCGCCUACUUCGCACUCUGCAAGCACACCGACAGCCGUGCUUAUGCGUGUCCCAACAUCCUGUCCUGCCGGCCACUGCCGCCACUUGCGACUGGGCCGGUGAGAUCAAGGUCUGGCACUGAUGAUGCGUGAAUCCCUUCAGACGUGAUAGUCCUGCAGAUGAGUGAAAAUGCUGCGCGGGAGCCGCCCUAGUGCCACGGCCCUUCACCAGCCAAUCAGGGGACGAGCGGGCGCAGCCCAUCCCUCCCGCUGCCCAGCAAGGGGGCCGCCGUCAUCCCCCCAGGAUUCAGGGUUGUCCCCCCGACCAUCCGUGCCCCCAUCAAACGGCCUUCAGGAAUGGGAUGAAGGGAUGCACCCCGCGCACCCCCAUCCCCAACGAGCAAUUGCCACAGCCCCCGAACCUACACGGAACACCACGGGACCCCCAUGCCCCACUACGCCCAGGGCAGGAUACCCACCCGGAGAAACGCAGGGAGGAUACCAAGGCAGAAAAGAGAGUUGGAAGGCGGAAGUAGGAGAGUGCUGAGAAGAUAUUACAGUGCAAAGUGAAGAGUGCGUGAGUUAAGAGGCAAGCUCCCGCAGGUGGGGCCCCGUCCACCAAAACCACCGGCCGCAGGGCGAGAGAGGCACCGCUGUUUGAGUUUAACGACGUUUUACUGCGUUGACGCGGUGGCAACGCUAAAACACCGCAGACGAGUCUGGUGUAUUCCAGCCUUUUGACUGUGAAAAAUACAGAGCUCAAACACACACACUGUUACGCGACUUUAAAAAAAAUAAAAAAUGACUGAAAACAAAAAGGCAGACGAGACUCUUUUGUCUGAAGUCGAAAUCCCGUAAGUCGGGUAAGUCGUAACCUGGGGACUACCUGUAAUAUUCCCAUUCAUACUAGUAGCUCUCUCCCUUUUUAACCAUCUCUGUUCUACCAAGCGGGAAGAAGACACUAGAGUAUCAAUAAACAAGAUCCCGUAUACAGUAUGUACAUAUGCUGCAAAAGUUGCGCCCCACUAGACGGAAUUAAGGCAGCUGAACCAGUGUCCUGCUAUGUGAAUAACAAUUGUAAAGUACGCUUACAGAUCUAAUUCUUAUAUAAAAAUACGACAAACUCCCGCCGAGUUGUUCAAAAUCUUCCAUCUUGCAUCCGAAACAGUCCAUUAACAUACCGUAUAUCUUCCAUUGGUUUACAAUACAUUGUAUGCACAUUGCAAUCUUAGUUUGAUGCAAAUGGUUAUGAAUAAUAUUAUCCCAUUGUACAUGCUUUACUCUUACAACAGUAAUAAUACGAAUAAUUAAGUUUCUUGCUGGUUUUACGUAACAGUAUUCCGUAUCAAAGUUUUAGCACAAAGCACAGUAUAUCCAUGGUCUGUCUUGCUGUAGGUGGUUAAUCCCAGUGGCUCUAAAGAUCAAUAAAAUGAAAAGUCACCAAAUUGCUACACCAUUUCAGCUAGCUAGAAGCUACACUUUAAUAUGACAUACAAUAGAAAAAGUUGCAGACUCCAUGAAACAUGCCUUGGCUAGGAUACAUAAAACACUGAACACCCUUGUCACACCAAGUAUGCUGCAGAGAACAUCGGAGACAGUACAGUACAGAAGGCUAGUAAUCAUCAGCAUCAUGCAUAAAAUGGCAAGCUCCUUCCCCAGUUCUUCAGUUCAGCAGCGUACCGUAGAGCUGUGCCUUGGUCAGACUGUCCUUCCGUGUCAGCCCGGUGCUGCCAAAUUUUUGGUAUCUUGGAGAGGUUUUCUUAGGUAGCGCCGGACCGACGGCGCUGAGGGCAGAGCUGGAGCUGGGGCGAGGCCGGACACUAGGCCUGGGGCUCGGGUAAUGCUGAAGACUUGAGGCUUCUAAAGAGCUUUGGUGUAAGGACUCAGCCGAGCUUCCGGCGCUCAGAUUUACAUACUCCUUCUUGGCACGCUCCUUCUCUUUCGAGCUUCCUGAGGGCAACGAGCCGUCCGGAUUGCCGUCCUUGGCUCGAUAGGUCGCAGAGUUCUUUUUCGGUUUGCGGAGCUCCGCAGGCGGAAGUUUCGGGCUGCGACUGGGUGAAGGGGAACCCAGUGCGAAGCACUGGUCCAGCAUGUGGCUGUGGAAGACGUCGUCCCCCUCUUGGAAGCUGCUAUAAAGAGAUCCUUUGGUCUUACUUGAUGGACCCAUGGCGUAGUGGCACUCUGAAAAACUGUACGGGGAGACCCGUCCCGUCACGUUAUGAUAGGAAGACGAAAAGGUAUUAACAUCUUCCACACUCAGCUGUUUCCACUGGCUGCUCAGCUCAUCCUCCUGGGCGUGGAUAUCAGCCCUGCUUUCCAGAGGUGUACUCUGCACCUGGCCUAAUCCGGUUGUA